CUCAGCUCUCUGAACCAGCAAGAAAUGGAUUCUCGCAAGUUGAUUUUAGUUUCUGUUACAUUGGUUUGGUGUUUAGGGGUAGUUGUGCAGGGCUUCACAUAUGACGAUAAAGAGGUUGAAACGGUGGAGAGUAGGUCGGCUUUGUUUGAGAGGUGGAGGAGCCACCACAAUAUGGAAAGUAUAAGCGUAGAAGCCAAAAGGAAGCAGUACAACAACUUCUUAGCUACCCUGGAAACUGUUCAGGCAUCAAACAAGGCGAAGAAGUCAUAUAAGUUAGGGUUGAACAAGUUUUCCGGCAUGAGUAAGGAGGAGUUUAGGAGCCAGUAUACCGGACUGAAGCUUCCACUUUUCCGGCAGACUGAUCCCGAGCCUUUCAUGUAUCGUAAUUUCACUGAUAUCCCUCCCAGGAUUGAUUGGAAAGCCAAUGGUGCCCUCGGCAGAGUCAGGAAUCAACAAGGUUGCGGAUCGUGCGCACAGUUUGCUGCCUCGGAAGCACUUGAUGGAUUAAACUUCAUAAAAACGAAGAAGCUAGUCGAAGUAUCACCAAAAGAACUUCUCGACUGUGGUAAUGUCGGAGGAUGUGCAGGAUCGUUUUUUACAGCCUGUUUCGAUUACGUUGCAAAGAAUGGAGGUAUAACAACAGAUAAGAACUAUCCAUACAAACCUGUACAGGAGCCUUGCAACCACCAAAAGGAAAAAGAUAUUGUAGUAGAAGUUCAUGGAUAUGAAAAUAUCCCUGCGCCCGGUACAGAGGAGAAUCUUCUUAAAAUAAUUUCAAACCAGCCUGCCUCUUGUGGCAUGUACUGGAACGAGGAGAUCGCAAGUUAUAAAGAGGGGGUUUAUGAGGGAUCGUGUGGGCCGAUACCAAUUCAUGCUGUAGCAGUGGUUGGAUUUGAUGAAACCCCUGAGGGACAAAAGUAUUGGUUAAUUAAGAACUCUUGGGGACCAGAUUGGGGAGAUAAAGGAUACAUGAAACUUGCACGUGGCAAGGGUGGGGAGGGACACUGCGGCAUAGCACAUUGGUGUGCUUAUCCUACAUUUGACGACACCGGUGGAUCACAUAAAGAGAAGGGUCCAAUGAAUGUUGUACUCGAAGAGAUAAACCAACGAACUCAAGCUACUUCUGAGGCAAACGGUCUAGCACCAACUGAUAUAAAAGAUUGUUUUGAAAGAAUAUUGGGUGUUCGACGCGGACAUAUCAGAGGCAUUGGGCGUAAACCUCCUUACCGUUGUGUCUAUUUGCAAAUGCUCCAAACAAUACUACAGGACCCGGCCUGUUCUGCAGCAUUGGAAGAGUGGUUUCGCUCAUUGCCACCACCAAAUAAUGAAGGAGAUGAUGAUGAGGACGAGUAG